CGAGAUCAUGAUGCUCCCAAGUCACCGUCAUUCACUUGCGUUCAGGCGCAAUAUAAUACUGCUAAACCUGGACGGUACUGUGGGGCAUCAAACGAGCCGAAGAUAAUGGCCACUGGCAGUCAGCUAGGAGCAAGGCGCAUGCCAGCGCGCGGUCAUCGGUAGCAAGUGGUUUCAACCACUUCUGGAAUGGCUAGGGGGCCAGAUAUAAACCGACUUCGCAGAUGCGAUGCGGGAACCAACAAAGUAAGAACAUGGCAACAUUGAUGCUUCUGAACCCGACGAGGGCGAAAAGCUAGUCAGCAGGACGUUGGAAAGGGACCCAUACUUCCAGACGGAAACUGCACACCCUUUUCCGAAUUUGAUGCACCAGACUACCACCCUGGAUAGUGAGAGAGGGAUCAUGACCCCAUUGCAAGAGCUCCUGUCUAACGCAAGGAAAGACGAGCACACGACCAUUGGGAACCGAACUUGGGGCACAGCUUGAGGCGCUGUUGCCUGAUGAAAACCGGAAGCCAGUUGACGAUCUUCAAAUUCGAGGAAGAAAUUGGCCAGUCCCAGAGAGAAAAAGAUGAUAUCGCUAGACAAUCGAAGAGAUGGCAGUCCACAGUAGAGGGAGCGGCCUGUGAAAUAGCUCGGCUGCAGGACCGUGGUGACCUUUUCCAAAAACUGAGAAUUUGCCACAAAUCAGAAAAAGAAGCUCUGAGGGAGGAGAUCAAAUCCAUAAAUUCGUUGCUAAUGCAAUAUGGGAUUGAUAGUGGAGUCAAUGCACGGGAUUUGGAAGACACAGGGGAUGGUCAAUCCAACACCCAACGGGACCAAACGUCGAGACAGAGUCUUCUGUCACUGGUAAGGGACGCUUAGGCAAUCACAGCGAGUUUAGAGAACCCUGAUCAGCACACAAUGGAGAAAAAUAAAGUUUGAAAA